UCAGUUUGUCUAUCUAUUUUGUAAAUAUACAAGCUGAAUUCUCAAUUCAACCACCGUACAGCAAAUUAUGCAACAACACUUUUAUUAUAAAAUACAAUUCUGCUUGAUAGCUUGCAUUUUUACCACCACAUAUAGUUUUAUUUUGAACACUUUCUGAAAAACAUCUAUGAAAAAUAAUUCAUUUAUGACUAACGGAAUGUUAAAUUUACUUGAAAUUAAGUCCAAUUUUACGACUUCUAAUUGUUUUUUUCUACAAGAAACGAACGAACCAAAAGUGAAACGAAGUUUCGUGAAAUUUUUACCAUAAAAUAAUAAUAUCGCCAGUUUCGAAAAUUCCAUGAUCAGUCAUGAAGAAUUGUGUAAUUUUGAUGACAGUUUUCUGCCUUCUCAUUUCACCGUGCAAUUUUCUGCAGGUUUUGUUCUUCAUGAGUUGUUACGGAGGACAUUUUGGAACUAUGUCAUCAUUGCUGUUUCCGAUUUGCACGCAAAAUAACUGCACCGUAAUCGAAUCUGCUCAACUUUGCGAGAAAAAGUUAGAAGUUUUCCACAACUUCUUGAAAUUUGACGUCAUUAAACGACACGGAUUACCCAACGACUAUCCUUUCUCGGGAAAUUACGACCUUCUUUUCAGCUUUUGUCCCCGACUUCUUGAAGGAUACGAAUUUUCUUACAACGUUUUGAAAGAAAUUUUAGAGAAAGAUCGCGAAAAAUUUGAUAUUUUGGUGGUCGAUCAAGUUAUAUUCCCCUCGACCCUAGUGGCCGCGGAGCUAUUUGACGUCCCGGUUGUCGUGGAGAGCGUCGCCGUUCCGGGCGCAGUUGAAUGUAUUCAAGACAAAAUCGAGAUGUCUAUCUACGAAAUUGUGGCAUUGAAACCUUUUUUCACCAAAUGUUGGAAUUGGAUAGACCAGAAAAGGUCAGAAAACGAUCUUCCGAAGCUUGAUUUUCAAGGUAAUUUUGUAAUUAAUGAGUACGCUAGUCGUUUUCCGAUGUUAGUUCCGACGUCGCCUUUGGUCUACCCGAAACCUCAUCCGAGUGCUGAGUACAUUUAUUUUGGCGGACUAAGGGACAAAAACUUCAGUAACGUUCCCCUCGAGUCCGACCUUGAAAACUGGAUUCGACAAAGCGCUGGAGACAUUGUAUACGUUUCCUUGGGAACUCACGCGGUUUUGAACGAGCAAUCAGUCAAAAGUUUCCUGCAAAAAAUAGAAAAUCAAAACAGUUUCCGAGUUAUUUGGGCUAUGAGUCAAACUUUGAAAUUAGUCGCUGAAAAUGCGAGUAAAAAGAUGUCUGAUAAAGUUUUCAUUAGUGGUUAUUUGCCUCAAUAUUCGCUUCUUGCCGAAGAAAAAGUGAAGGUUUUCGUUUCUCAUUGCGGUCUUGGCUCUUUGGUCGACUUUAUCAAACGAAGAAAACCUGCGGUUUGCGUCCCGCAGUUUGGCGACCAAUUUCCGAACGCGGUUAUUGUAGAAAACCUAAAAAUUGGCCUCGAUAUUAGAAACUUCAAUUUCGACCAAAUUGAGAACGCAAUUCAAAAAAUCCAAAAAAAUUAUCAAAAUUUUGUCACAAACUUGACGGAAAUUGAAAAAGAGUUUGCUCAAUUUGAAGAUUACAACGCAAUUAAUGAAUUUGUGCAUAAAAUCGCAAGUAGAGGAAAAACUACAGUUCAGUAUAAACUGAAAUACCAAAUCAACGCCAAAAGAGUUCACGUGACAUGGAAAGUUAUCACGAUUCUUUCCUGUUCUUCUCUCUUAUGUUUUAUGCUGUUCGUAGUCAAUUUCAUUUCUAGACUUAUGGCUCCCAAUGAUGAGAAAAAGAAGAAACAUUGAAUUGCCAGAUUUUGAAAAAAAACGAACUAACUUGUUCCAAAUAGGAGAAAAUUCAUUCAAACACAGAAAAAUAAAAAGGAAAAUUUACAUGUUUUCAGUUGUCCUGUUCUGACAUAAUUUCAAGUUCUGUAUACUUAUUUUUUAGCAAAAUAUUUCAGUUUUUCAAAUAAUUUCAAACUGAUGUUAUGUAAUUUGGGCCAAAAACGGUCGAAUAGUCAAAAUUGCUCAAACUUGGUCCCAAUAAUCACCGUACAAUUUAUUAUUUCCUAG